AUGACUCUCUUUGCUGCCCUUUCUCAAAUCAGUGGAUCAUCCUCAUCAAAGUCCUUUUCCAAUUCAUCAAUUGGUGGAAUGGGUUCAUCGGUUGGCCAAGGAUCCAACUCUAGUGCUUGUUACAGACGUGGAGGUAUCUUUGUAGACCUCGAUCUCUCGAUUGGCAGACCAUGCAACCCACUCAUCAAUGUCGAUCUCGAUGUCAACAUUAGACUUUAA